AUGGUGUGUAAGCUAUGCCGCCCCGAAGGAAAGCGAACUGCUGCGAACGGUGUGGUCGCUCGUUCAGAAGAAAGGAGCAUCUUGAUCGCCAUCGCCGCAUCCGUGAGGCUGCUCCCUCUUGGCUGGCCACAGGGGCUCUUGCAGACUCAGGGAUUGACUUUAGAACUAGACACGCAAGAAAGGCCGUACGGCUGUGACUGCGGUGCAAGCUUCACCCGCCGCGAUCUGCUCUCACGCCAUGUCAGGCUGCACCAUCCACAACCACCUUACCUAGAAGAUCUUGAAACCGUACAGCAACCUUUCCGUGAGACUUUUUCGUCUAUCCCACACAAUGCUACUAGGACACGUGAUCCCUUCGUAUUCUACUCGCCGUCGCAGUUACAGGCCUCGCAAGAGAUCAAUGGCACAGAAGCUCCUGCUGCAUACGCCGUAUCACCCCGUCAAAUAUUUAGUCACACGCCAGCCUCAACAAUAAACACCCAGGAAAAUGAAAAUGCCCCUUUUCGGGAAAUAAUAAAUGAUAAUGAGAUGCACUCUGAAAUCCGUGUUCUACAUGAAAUAUCAGACCCGUCCCGGGAGGAACUCUAUCCUUUCGAUGAAUUUGCCAACUUUUUAUGGUUUUUGGGAUUUCCAGAAGAAUGGGGCUCGGCUAGCAUGGAAAUCGCCGGUGACAUUACCCCGAGCGAAGGAAAUAACAACAAUCUGGCGAAAGACCGUGAAGCAAAUGUGAAGGAGGGCGACGAUUCUCCUUUUCAACCCUGGCUUCCGAGCGUUCCGUCAAAGGAGCAAUGCCUUCACUCGUAUCAGGAAAUGGUUUCCCGCCAGUUCCACGGCCAGGACGCAUUUUUCUGGGUGGAUGAGGCUCAGCGCGAACAAAUCCAAGUCUCACUGGAGGAACACCGGGCCAUCACACCCGGCUUUCUAAUUCCCUCCAGGCACACGUUGUCCCGAUACCUUGCUGCGUUCUUCGAAGGAUUUCAUUCCCACCUACUGUUCAUUCACCUGCCUACAUUUCGACUCACCGAUCAUCCUCUGGAGUUAAUUCUCGCCAUAAUGUCUGCAGGGGCACAAUAUCGGUUUGAACAUCAAAAUUCAACCAAGUUCUUCAAAGCCGCCAAAGCUAUUGUGUCACAGAGACAUCACUUGGAUGAUGUGACUGGGGCCUCUUGGUUUAUCGGGCGAAAUCCUACUGAUGCACCUGGCGACUUGCUCGGCAUGGAUGAUGAUUUGGGUGUCAUACGCUGUCUGCUCAUCCUAAUGGGUGUUGGGACUUGGCAGGACACUACGAUGCUUAAAGAAGCGUUGCACCUUCGGAGCCUGCUGGUAGGCUGUCUACGGCGAUCGGGUCUACAAGAGAUCCACCAGCCUUCGACCACUGAGCACAUGGACUGGCUGCGCUGGGCAAAAAGCGAAUCCAUUCGGCGAACGAAAUUGGCCGCCUUUUCGUUUGUUGACAUGUAUAGCAUUGCUUACAAUAAUUAUCCUCCCAUUCGAAAUCAUGAGGUCAAGCUCCGUUUACCAUGUCCUACGAGAGUAUGGAACGCUUCAAAUGCGAUGGACUGGUUGGAAGCCUACCGAGUCGCUGGUGCGGAUCAGCUUUUCUACCAUGAUGCUUUGUCUCUUCUGUUGCGUAAUUCGGCUUCCGCACCGGCUCUCAGUCCCGUGCCGUCUCCAUUGGGAAACUAUUAUCUUCUUCACGGCUUAAUUCAACGAAUCCACAUUAUUCGUGAACUAGGACUGGAUAUCAACGAUGACUACACGGAGUUUCCGGAGGUCGAGUCAAACAGGCUUGAGCACGCUUUACGCUCUUGGACCACAAUGUGGCAACAAGCUCCGGAGUCCAAUAUUGAUCCCGCCAACGAAAAUGGCCCGGUGCCGUUUACAUCGAGUUCAAUGCUUUGCUUGGCUUACUCACGUCUCAAUUUAAAUCUGGGUCCUUUCAGACAGCUGGAAACGCGAGAUCCAUCUAUUAUCGCUGAGGCACUGGGGAGGUCCCCACCGCUGAGAAACAGCGGAAGUAUCAUCUCUGCGCUUAUUUACGCGAUACAUUCUUUCAGCAUCCCGGUUCGCCUUGGCCUGGACUAUGUAGCUCGCAGCCAAGCUUUUUUCUGGAGUGUUCGCCACGCGUUGUCAAGCUUUGAGUGCGUGGUGCUACUCAGCAAGUGGCUAUUCCAACUGGCGGUCACUAGAGAGCCUAAUCUAAAUGCAAAGGAACGACGUAUACUACGCUGGACAUCACUGGUUGUUGAGGAAGCAUAUGACUCAAUUGACUUUGAUGACGAAUCACCCAUAACACGACACAGCGGCCCCAGGGAAUUAGGGUUAGGGGUUCUUGCAAUUUGGUCUCGUUUCUUCCAACACAAUACCCAGUGGCAUUUUAUAAAUAUCCUUGGCCAAAGCUUAUCGUUGUAUGCCGGGGUUAUGGCGGCUAAUUUUAAAGAGGGGCCAUCGGACGAAUUUGAAAUCAGGGUGCCUUUAAAUAUCUAA